AUGAUAGAUCAGAUCGCCAUGAUAGAUCAAACAAAUCGCUAUCAUAGAUCAGAUCGCCAUGAUAGAUCAGAUCGCUAUCAUAGAUCAGAUCGCCAUGAUAGAUCAGAUCGCUAUCAUAGAUCAGAUCGCCAUGAUAGAUCAGAUCGCCAUGAUAGAUCAAAGAGCAACGAUGGAUCAGAGAGCAACGAUGGAUCAGAGAGCUAUGAUAGAUCAAAGAGCAACGAUGGAUCAGAGAGCAACGAUGGAUCAGAGAGCUACAAUAGAUCAGAGAGCUAUGAUAGAUCAGAGAGCAACGAUGGAUCAGAGUGCUAUGAUAGAUCAGAGUGCUAUGAUAGAUCAGAUCGCUACGAUGGAUCAGAGUGCGAUGAUAGAUCAGAUCGCUACGAUGGAUCAGAGUGCUAUGAUAGAUCAGAGAGCAACGAUGGAUCAGAGAGCUACAAUAGAUCAGAGAGCUAUGAUAGAUCAGAGAGCAACGAUGGAUCAGAGUGCUACGAUGGAUCAGAGUGCGAUGAUAGAUCAGAGAGCAACGAUGGAUCAGAGAGCAACGAUGGAUCAGAGAGCAACGAUAGAUCAGAGUGCUAUGAUAGAUCAGAUCGCUACGAUGGAUCAGAGUGCUAUGAUAGAUCAGAGAGCUACGAUGGAUCAGAGAGCUAUGAUAGAUCAGAGAGCUACGAUGGAUCAGAGAGCUAUGAUAGAUCAAAGAGCAACGAUGGAUCAGAGAGCUACGAUGGAUCAGAGUGCUAUGAUAGAUCAGAGUGCUAUGAUGGAUCAGAGUGCUAUGAUAGAUCAGAGAGCUACGAUGGAUCAGAGAGCUAUGAUAGAUCAAAGAGCAACGAUGGAUCAGAGAGCUACGAUGGAUCAGAGUGCUAUGAUAGAUCAGAGAGCAACAAUGGAUCAGAGUGCUAUGAUGGAUCAGAGAGCUAUGAUAGAUCAAAGAGCAACGAUGGAUCAGAGAACUACGAUGGAUCAGAGAGCUACGAUGGAUCAGAGAGCUAUGAUAGAUCAAAGAGCAACGAUGGAUCAGAGAGCUAUGAUAGAUCAAAGAGCAACGAUGGAUCAGAGAGCUAUGAUAGAUCAGAGAGCUAUGAUAGAUCAAAGAGCAACGAUGGAUCAGAGUGCUAUGAUAGAUCAGAUCGCUACGAUGGAUCAGAGUGCUAUGAUAGAUCAGAGAGCAACGAUGGAUCAGAGAGCUACAAUAGAUCAGAGAGCUAUGAUAGAUCAGAGAGCAACGAUGGAUCAGAGUGCUACGAUGGAUCAGAGUGCGAUGAUAGAUCAGAGAGCAACGAUGGAUCAGAGAGCAACGAUGGAUCAGAGAGCAACGAUAGAUCAGAGUGCUAUGAUAGAUCAGAUCGCUACGAUGGAUCAGAGUGCUAUGAUAGAUCAGAGAGCUACGAUGGAUCAGAGAGCUAUGAUAGAUCAGAGAGCUACGAUGGAUCAGAGAGCUAUGAUAGAUCAAAGAGCAACGAUGGAUCAGAGAGCUACGAUGGAUCAGAGUGCUAUGAUAGAUCAGAGUGCUAUGAUGGAUCAGAGUGCUAUGAUAGAUCAGAGAGCUACGAUGGAUCAGAGAGCUAUGAUAGAUCAAAGAGCAAUGAUGGAUCAGAGAGCUACGAUGGAUCAGAGUGCUAUGAUAGAUCAGAGAGCAACGAUGGAUCAGAGUGCUAUGAUGGAUCAGAGAGCUAUGAUAGAUCAAAGAGCAACGAUGGAUCAGAGAACUACGAUGGAUCAGAGAGCUACGAUGGAUCAGAGAGCUAUGAUAGAUCAAAGAGCAACGAUGGAUCAGAGAGCUAUGAUAGAUCAAAGAGCAACGAUGGAUCAGAGAGCUAUGAUAGAUCAGAGAGCUAUGAUAGAUCAAAGAGCAACGAUGGAUCAGAGUGCUAUGAUAGAUCAGAUCGCUACGAUGGAUCAGAGUGCUAUGAUAGAUCAGAGAGCAACGAUGGAUCAGAGAGCUACAAUAGAUCAGAGAGCUAUGAUAGAUCAGAGAGCAACGAUGGAUCAGAGUGCUACGAUGGAUCAGAGUGCGAUGAUAGAUCAGAGAGCAACGAUGGAUCAGAGAGCAACGAUGGAUCAGAGAGCAACGAUAGAUCAGAGUGCUAUGAUAGAUCAGAUCGCUACGAUGGAUCAGAGUGCUAUGAUAGAUCAGAGAGCUACGAUGGAUCAGAGAGCUAUGAUAGAUCAGAGAGCUACGAUGGAUCAGAGAGCUAUGAUAGAUCAAAGAGCAACGAUGGAUCAGAGAGCUACGAUGGAUCAGAGUGCUAUGAUAGAUGGAUGCUAUGA